AUGUUGAGAUCACUCCAUAUCUUCUUCUUCACGCACAUGGGAUCGCAUUGUGCAAUGACGGUGACGCGUUAUCCCCUGACCUCUUUCGGACCUUUGUAUAAAAGUCUGGAUUCAACAAACUGCAGGUCUUCGAUACUCAACUAUAUAGUCAAGAUACGGAUAUUUCAUUCCAUGUCACAACCUCAAUCACUGAUUGCCACGAACACUUCCUACUCGCUGUAUAAGCUAUAUGCAUCUAAAGCCACGUCUCACUUCUUUUCGAUACUCCUCCUUUCCCUUCUCGCCGUCGCCGCGUUUGUGCGGUGCAAGACCAAGAACUACCUCCGCACUCAAACACUUCGGUACCUCGCAGAACGCCAUAACUGUGCGCCCAUCAAACAACUCAAAGACAACUCCCUCCUUCCAUUCGGUCUGACCAAUGUCAUCAAGCUAGCUCGUGCGGAUCUACAGAACCGCCUUCCAAUAGCAUUCGCCGAAGGUCUCGAAGAAAACGGUGACACAUACUCGCAACGCAUGUUUGGCGAUACCAUGCUCCUAACCCGCGAUCCUCGAAAUAUCAAAGCUAUCCUUCAAAACAUACAAGCCUUCGAGGUGGGAACCCUUCGUCGAAACAUCUUCUGGCCCCUCCUAGGUGCAGGGAUCUUCACCAACGACGGUGUAUGGUGGAAGCGGAGCCGUAAACUACUAACUCCUAUUUUCAAAAAACCAGAAAUCAUGGACCCUUCUCGACUGGAACCUCAGGUUCAAGAUCUAUUAUCUACCCUCCGCGAGCAAUCAAAUACAGACCAGAAUGGAAGUUCUACUACCACCAUCAAUCUCUCGUCUGCCCUCCAAUCAACCUGGCACAAGAUCGCAAUGUCCCUCCUUUUUGGGGACCUCCCAUCCUCAACAUCUGAACCCUUCGCAGAAGCGCUAAACAACACGCUCCAAUACCUCGCAGAACGUGCCCGUUUCUCAGCACUCUACUUCCUGAAGAACAACAAGUCCUUCCGACGAGAUACCAAAACCGUCCACUCCACCCUCGACACCCUCAUCAGCAACCCACCAGGACCAGAAACUAGCCCCGCACUAUCACAUAUCCUCUCCACGACUUCAAACCCCACCGUCACGCGGUACGAGCUUCUAAACCUACUCUUCGCGGCGCGGGAUACUUCAGUAGCAUUCACAUCGUGGAUCUUCUACGCGCUCGCCCGCUCACCCUCCUCGUUCCUCAAACUGAAAUCAGAGAUCGUAACCGUCCUCGGCGCCGACCCUACUAUCCCCCCAACGACAAAACACCUCGCACAGCUGAAGUAUCUCGAUACUUUUAUGGCCGAAACUUUGCGUCUCUUCCCGCCCAUCGCCGUCGACGGAAGGAUGUGCAGCACACACUCCAUCCUGCCCACGGGCGGCGGCGAAGCCGGCGACCAGCCAAUCGUGGUCCCUGCAGGAACGUUCGUGCUAUACUCGAUCCUCGGACUGCAGCGCAACACUGCUAUUUACGGGGCUGACGCGGGGAGGUUCCGUGCAGAGCGGUGGGAGGAAGUGGGGAUGAAGGAGCGGCAUUUGCGGGGGGAGUGGGUGCCGUUCAAUGGCGGACCCAGGAAGUGUUUGGGGGAGCAGCUGGCGUGGCUGCAGGUUAAGUAUUUGGUUGCUAGGAUUUUGCAGCGGGUUAGGAAGAUCAGGGUAGAUGGGGGAGAGAAGGAAGGAGGAGGGAAUUGGGUUGAUGAGGUCAAGUAUCGCGUUGAUGUGGGUAUGUCGCCUGAGGGGGGAACGAGGGUUAUUGUGGAGAUGGAAGAUGAUUAA